AUGAACAAUCCUAUUCAAUUCCCCCCUAACACAGUGUCAUCAAAACUAAGCAGCAAAUUGCUCAAGAAACCACCAAGUCCAAUAGAUUGGGUGCACCAAUCCUACAUGGAGAUGAUACAAGAUGUAUCCUACACGACAAGCCAUUACUACGAGUCCAACGAGAAUGGGUCUGGCAUUUUGGAAGCAAGUGUGCCUGAAUUAGCAAGAAAACAACAGCCAGAUGAAACACACUAUUUAAAUAGCAGCAGCAGUACUGAUCAACAAUAUAAAAGGGCUGCGCAUUCAAUCACACCACCGCUUUCAUUGCAGAGGCUGUUUGAUUCAAAAAGCACAUCUCCACCACCGUGUUCGGCAGAUCAUCAAAAGAGUAGGCUCAAGCAAGUACAAGAAGAGGAGGAAGAUCUCUCAUUUACCGACGGAGAGGAUGAUGAUGAUGAUGAUGACGACGAUGAAUUCAAUACAAUCACUACAUCGUCAACAGAUUGUAAUCGAAAAAACAAUAUAUAUCGAUUCUAUAGAGAGCAAAAAAGUCUGGCAAGACCUAUUGAUGAGCUGGACGACGAAGAUCCAGCAAUAUACAAAGUGAUGACCCCUCACAGUAGUAACUAUGGUAGUGGGUUUGCCUCGGAUCACAGUCAAUCUUCUAUCCAAAUCACUCCCUCAUCCUCUCCUCCACCCCCUCAACAAAUCAAAUUAGUCAAUCAGCAACAGCAACAACAAAUACCCAAAAAGAAACUUAAAAUCAUAGGAAAACUGAUCACAAAGAUGCGGAUAGCAGCUGAAAAGCCAUUUUGGUCGAUUGAUAAUCAUUUUUAA